AUGCGCCUCGCUUUCCGCCUGUUCAUCGCUUUCGCUCUUGUCGGCGCCGUCUUACUUGUGAGGAACCAUUUGGGUUCUCUCGAGUCGCAAUGGCCCGCCGGUCAGGCCCUUGAUCUGACCCCCGAAUUCAUUCUCGAAAGCGACGGGGCACAUAUCGAGCUGGUCUCGAUCCCUCGUGGGUACGAAGCCCAGGCGGUCUCGUCCUCCGAGUCACCUCUGCCUUUGUCGUCAAUCGCGGCGUCGCAUUCCAGCGGACCGACGGAAAAGUCAUACCCCACACCGACGAAUCCGCCCGCCGCCAAAUCGAAAUUCCAGCCCAAGUCCAUCCCCGUCGACGUACCCGGCGCGGAAGAUGACUUCUUUGAUCAGUAUCCCUUCUGGUUCGACGAUGAUAUGGAAGUCAUCAGACCCGAUCCAAAAAACGGCCGGCUGAAGUCGAAUUCCAAGACGAAACCGAAUCCUCCCACUAAACCAAAGCCUCACAGACCAAAAGUUUCGCCGUACCCCGAUCGUAUCAUAGUCAUGGGACGGACACUAUGGGAGGACACCGAUUGGUUGGAGGAGGAGCUGCCAGAAUGGCAGCAUGCAGUCUACGACGUGGACGAUCCCGAUGCAGAGUUCCACGUGCAGCAAAACAAGGGCAGAGAAAGCAAUGUCUAUCUUCAAUAUAUCAUCGAUCACUACGACAAGCUCCCCGAGUACAUGGUCUUCAUGCACGCGCACCGAAGUAGCGGACACGUCGAGUUCUGGGAGCAAGACAAUGCGUUGACUAUCCAACGGCUUCAGCUGCCCUUCCUGGAAGAGGCGGGAUACGUGAACCUGCGCUGCAACUGGAGCCCGGGUUGUCCGGAUGAAGUCCACCCCUUCCGCCAACUUGAGGGACGCACCACCGAAAUUGCCUUUGCGGGCGCCUGGAUGGGCAUCUUCAACAACACCAACAUCCCCGAGGUGGUGGCCGCUCCAUGUUGCGCCCAAUUCGCCGUGACCAAAGCCCAAGUGCAUGCGCGGCCGUUGAGUGACUAUCAAGCAUAUCAUAAAUGGCUCAUGCAGACGGAGCUUGAUGACGAUACCAGCGGUCGGGUGUUUGAGUAUCUGUGGCAUAUCAUUUUUGGACAGGAACCCGUCUUCUGUCCCUCCCAGCAACAGUGCUACCAGGACGUGUAUGGAAUGGAUUGGGAUCCCGAUUUCGAUGAGACCUUUGGAUGGCUCGAUAAUGACUUUUGA